CUGUUUCCCAACACAUUUAGGGGUCAGUGAUGACCAAUGCCAUGGAAUGCUCAUUUCCUCUCAUUGAGCUCAGUGAGGGAUGUAUGUGGUGGCAUUUGCCCUUAAUCGCGGCUGUGCUUUUGUCACCCUGUUUCUCCCUGUGCAAGAUGCUGAAACGCAAGUUCAAAAGACGUUCAGAAGUCCAGGAGCACUCCUUAAAUGAUUUGUACGGUGCAUUGUGGGAUGAAACAGAUGAGAAGGUGGAGCACUACACUGAGCUCCUGUGUAGACCUAAAUGGUACUGUUACUGGGAUGCUAUGAGCCGCAAAGAUGUAGAGUCCAGAGUUCAUGAGUUUCGCGCACAUCAAAGCAGAAUCGGUGGAGUAAGUCUGCGCUAUGUGUUGUCCAAUGAAUUUGCACAACUCGCAAGACGUCGCACUGGCCAGACAAAUCCGACCUUCAACGAAAUGAAAGAGGCAUUCUGGCUGGGACAGGAUCCCAUUGGAAAAGACAUCAUUUGCCCCAGAGACGGAAAGCCAGGCUGUGCCAUGGUAGAUUGGAUUCCUCGGGCUGAUCGACGCGAACAGACCCAUUUUGUGUCAUGGACUUGGUGUUACACACUAGAAGACGUCCGCAGUGCGCUGAACACGCUGACACGGUCAACUGCUCUUGACACAAUCUUUUUAUCAAUGUGUUUUUUUGUCAAAAAUCACUUUCGAUGUUUGAUUGAACCAACGGCAGCGACAGGUAGUGAUGAUUUGUACGAUGAAGAAUUUGAGCACAAUCUGACGAGGAUAGGGUGCAUGGUCGUAGUCUUGGAUACCUGGAACCAACCAACAUACAUAAAACGUAUUUGGACGAUUUAUGAGCACUUCACAGCCUGCAAGCUGGCUAUACCAGUAAGAAUGGUGAUGCCAGAGACGGCUCUUGAGUCCUUGCGUCUUAAGGUGCAACUUGGUGCAGAGGGAUGGUACGAAAUCUCUCAGGCACUGGCUGAAAUGAAGUGCCAAGAAGCUAUGGCCUUUAAUUCAGAAGAUGAGGCGAAGAAACGCUUAAUCGGUGAGACAGUGGGAUUUGGCAGAGUAGACCGGCACCUGAAUCACGCCAUGAGCAUGAUGAUGAUGGAAUCAGUUUUCCAAUAUAGUAUUAGUGAUUUUCAGGGUGUAGUUGCUGACCAGAAGUUGAAACACACAUUGAAACUCCUGGAAGAAGAGCUGUGGGAUGAGCAAGACGACGCAAUUUCCAGGUACGUCGACCUCCUGUUGGAUUUGGAAAUGUCCCGUGAAACGGUAGAGUCGGAAAUUCGGAAGAUCCGAGCAGAACAGAGUGAAGCGGCAGGUGUGAGUUUGCGAUACAUUUUGUCCGUUGAAUUUGAUGAGUUGGCCAGCAGCCGCACUGGCCAGACAAAUCCGACCUUCAACGAAAUGAAAGAGGCAUUCUGGCUGGGACAGUAUCCCAUUGGAAAAGACAUCAUUUGCCCCAGAGAUGGAAUGCCAGGCUGUGCCAUGGUAGAUUGGAUUCCUCGGCCUGAUCGACGCAAACAGACCCACUUCAUGUCAUGGACUUGGAAAUACACACUGGGGCAGCUGCACAGUGCUUUGGAAAUGUUCAAAAUGAACACAACCCCUCCCCGUGACACCAGUUCGAUUUUUUUCUAUAUCUGUUUCUUUGUCAACAAUCAAUUUCGAAUCAUUGUGGAUGGUGUGGCAGCAGGCAGUGAUGACCUUGAGAAUUCCUUUAAGGUGAAUUUGAGUCGAUCAGGAAGGAUGGUGGCAGUCUUGGACACUUGGGAAGAUCCGGUCUACUUGAAAAGAGUGUGGACUGUCUAUGAACAGUUUGUUGCUUGUUCAUCCAGGCUGCCAGUGGAGUUUGUGAUGCCAGACGCUUCAAUGGCAUCCCUGCAGGACCACAUCCGGCAGGGUGAAAGAGGUUUGAAGAAAGUCACAGCUUCAAUCUGCAAGGUUGAUUCUGAAAAAGCUGAAGCUUGGAAAGCCGAGGAUGAAAAGAAAGUGAAAGCAGCCAUCCGCGACUCGGUGGGCUUCGAGGAGGUCAACCAGCAUGUGAGGAACGCCUUGGUGGAUUGGAUUGGCCAGGCCGUCCGGAAACAGUUCCAGGAACUCGUGGAUGCUGCGAUAUGACAAUAUGACUGGGCCUAUUGCUACUACCAGCUCCACGGCAAAAUUCUCCGAAGCUUGCCCCUUACUUUGAUUCCGGAUGCUUCCGGUUUAUUUAACUUGGCGAAUUUAGAUAUUGCCGCUCCUUGUCAGACGCAGUGGUGGCGCAAAAGUGAUACUGUAUCACUUGCAAUUUGGUUUCACCAACUUGGAUCCACC